AUGAAGGAGAGUGGCAGGAAACAAGGUGCUCCUUCACCAUGCGCAGCAUGCAAGCUUCUGAGGAGGAGAUGUGCUGAGGACUGUGUUUUUGCUCCUUAUUUUCCAGCUGAUGAACCCCAGAAGUUUGCUAACGUGCACAAGGUCUUUGGUGCCAGCAAUGUCAACAAAAUGUUACAGAUCGGCGGGGGAUUGUGCGACAACUUACUGACAUGCAUUGUGCGAGCAUGGGAUUACAGCAAGCCUUUCUUUGUUGCACCUGCCAUGAACACGUUGAUGUGGAACAAUCCUUUCACGGAACGACAUAUCAUGUCGAUUGACGAGCUUGGCAUUUCUCUCAUUCCACCUGUCACGAAGAGGCUGGCUUGUGGGGAUUAUGGCAAUGGUGCAAUGGCUGAACCUUCUCUAAUAUACUCAACUGUAAGGCUUUUCUUAGAGUCAAAGAUUCAACAAGAUGGCGGUAAUACUGAGCAACUUUUCUAA